CUCUGAUUCAUAAUCAUAUGUGUGUGUUGGUAAUAGGAAAGAUAAGAUGUCGUCUCUGGGCACUUCCAAAGGGAUUCUAGAAAUUGCCAAGUUCGGCGUCUAUGUCACCGUUCCCAUCAUUCUCAUGUACACUUUCGCCAACAAUCCCAGCAACCUCCGCAAGUUCAUGGGACAUAGGUCAUACAUUGAAUAUCCCCCAGAGGCAGAAAAGCCACCAUCACCGGAGGAACUUAGGGAAAUGGCACGGGAGAUGGCUCGUAAAAGGAACAGUUCUUGAUGCUCCACGUGAUUGUUUUGGCUGCACCACAGUGGUUGUGUAACAGUAUCACUGAUUAUGCAGUAUAUAUGUUUAUUGUUUUGUUGUGUAAUAAUAAAUAAUGAUUUAUAAACUACACUACUGAAAAAAUAAAUGUUUUUAUUUUUCAAAAGCUUAGAUAGUUUGGUGCAAUAGACUGCCAAAACUUUUCUCUGUUGAUUAACUGGUACCUUAAAUCCAAAGAAAAAGAAAUGCUAGUGGCGAUCCUGUUAUAGCUAUUA